UUGUACAUUUGACUGAAUAUUUCACCAGAAAAAUGAAGGGCAAGUUCUGUUUGAUUGUUUCGCUAUUGAUUCUCUCUUUGGCGGUUUCAUCAUACGUCGUUUUAACUCAAGCAUACCAGUCUCAAGAAAAAAAGAUAGCAGAAACGAUUCACAUUCGAAAGAUAAUGAAGAUCGGAGCACCGCGGAGUAAAUCGCCACGGGAUCGUCAAUGGGGAGGGAGGGAGCCACCUCAAGCCCCAGGCCCAAAUGCAGUCUAAUGCGUCAUAUAUGUUUUUAUAUUUUAAUUUGGUAUGAAAUAAUUAUACAGUUUUAAGUUGAAAAAAUUAGAAGAC